CUUGACUCUCGACUUCAGAACUGGUUGACCAUCAGAUGGAUCCUCAAUAGAUGUGUCAAUCAGAAUCUACCACCAACUCUACCCUUAUUAGCCCUUUUCUUAAUGUCGGAUUGCUAUCAAGUCUGCCGUAACAUUCAAAAGCAAUUCGCCGUUCAUAUGUUCAGACUUCUCGCGGCGUCGUUCACAUCCACAACAAGUUCCUGACUUCCAACUGCGAGUUUUCGAUGAGGUGGAGUACCUGCGCAGCUCUGGACCUGACUGAUGCCCAUUGUUGACCAGUCUUCGCUGUAUCACGAUCUACAAAGGACAUUGUCAUCAUGUUUCAAUUGUAUUAAGGAAAACACUAUCCCCCAGGUUUGGCUCUUCUGCAUGCCAUGCAUAUCCCCAUUGUCGGUGGACGUGUCGGAAGUGUGCACAUGGGCAGCCAAUUUGGUGAAUCCAGUUUCUCAAAUAGGCAAGAUAAACCGUAUUCAAUGCGACAGGCACACCCGGCAUACGAGACUGCGGUCGACUUUCUAUUUCUCGCUGUGGUGCGCUUCUCCUUUUGAACUGCAUCGUAGAAGGUUGGUCGGGGUUUUUUGUUCGACUGGUGAUGCUUGUUGCCGUCUGCAAUGUAUGAAAACCUGUUCGGGGAGUGCCUCGGCUACGACCUGUGCAACUGGAAGCCUUGUUUAUCUUCGAAGAUGCACAAUAUGUUGUCUUGUGCAGCAUGGGUCCGCGUCUCACGGACUUCUAAGUUAUGAAAUGGUCAUUGCAAUUUAGGCAAUGUGGACACCUCUUUCGUCCCGGGCAACUUGUCAAACUUGCAGGUGAUGGUUGUGUCCCUGAGCGCAGAUCAAAGAGUCGAUACCCUUCUACAAAGGCAGUAUAGCUGUUGUUUGAAUUCUGCUCUUGUGAAAGCGGCGCGACCACAUGAUCUGACGCCCUGAUUGACGUUGCUUUGGAAAUAAUUUUCCUUCAAUUGUUUUGAAUGAGGUGAUGCAUCGAAGCUGAGUUCGAAGAACUGAAAUGCAUCUUACCAAACAUGAAUGAUCCAAGGAUCGCCAUCUCAUCACUUACGGUCACCCCAGUACAAAAACCGUCCUCAAACAUGUACCCGUUCAAGGCAAUCAAAGCCUAAAUGCUCCCGGUAACAUACAAAUAACCUUACUAUAGGCUUUCAACGUUCGCUUGUCCUUGGAACUUCACCUCUCUCCCUUUGAUCCGCGCAAUGGCCAAGGGAAAGCUCCCCGUCGCGACUGCGGAACUCAUUGGCACCUUCCUUGAAGCAAUCUUCUACGGGAUCUAUUUGGUCGUCUUCCCGCAAUGCAUUGAGGUUCUAUUGAAAAAGCGAAAGAACGGAGGAUGGCUGGUCAAAUGCUUUCUGGGCGUCAUGGUACUCAGCUUCAUCCUCAUAACCAUGCAUCUUUGUGUUGAUCUAACUCGUGCAUUCACAGCUUUCGCCGGGAACAUGGAGAUCCCCGGCUCUCCGGAGAAGUUCUAUGCCAAUGUCGAUACAAAACUAAACCUCAUAAAGAACUCAAGCUAUAUCACCACCACGCUCAUCGCGGAUGCCGUUCUGCUCUUUCGUACUUGGGUUGUGUGGGGACGAAGUUACUUGAUCGUAGCUGUCCCUGUCCUUCUGUGGUGCACGGAUAUAGCCAUGGCUGCGUGGUUCACCUGGUCAGUGAAUGAGGCUAGCCCUGGAGCCAGUGUGCUUGUGUCCACUGUCUUUGCCCGAUCAAAGUACUUCUAUGCCGUUACGUUGGCCCUGAACGUUCUUUGUACGGUUCUGAUCGCUUUCAGAGUCUGGUCAGUUCAGCGCACCGUGAGUGGAAGCGUUACGGGCCGUCUUCCCAACGUUCUGUCCAUUGUCAUCGAGUCCGCUGCCAUAUACUCUGUUCUUCUAAUCAUAUUGAUUGGAACAAGUGUUUCGGACUCAUCUGCCAUGUUCUUUCUCCUCAACUCGAUGGCUCCCGCUGUGGGAUCCGUGUUUUCCUAUGUUAUCCUCCGCAGUUCAGGGAACGCCUCCAGAUACGAGACUACCUUCAAAGGUACCGUAGGAUUUAGUACCAACUAUGGUAGCUCUCGGAACACCGACAAGACUCAGUCGGAGGGCGUCGAAAUUUGUCUGGAAAGAAUUGUCCACACUGACGAGGAGAAUCCGCCAUUCGACCCAGAAGGAGAUCAUCCUAUGAUGGCGGAGAAGAGAAGUCCAAGCAGCUUCUGACUUCGAUCCUAGCUGUUUUCCCAUUCGUUCCUUCUGUUAAUGUUGCUUAUUCUUGCAUCUUGGCCACCGGGGAUUUGUAGUCUUCCUCUUUUUUUUUGUAUAGGGCUCUGUUGAUUGAUAUGAGGUGUAUUGUUAUUGGAUACUACGUAAGCCUGUUGAUGAUUGCAGACAUCCUAAC